GGCCAAAGCGGAAUAAACCCCAAGAAAAUUCUGAAUCAAACUUAUCCUUCUCAAUUCCCAAAUCCAAUGCGCAGAGGCAACCAAACCCCUCGCUGAUGCCCCUGAACGGCCGUGUCGAGGUUCCCCGACCACCCAACGCCACCGUGUCGGUUUUCGAGUUCCGCUCCACCUCCAACGACAAGGUCACGCUAGCUGGCUACUGUCCCGUAUCGGAAGACUUCGAGCCCUGCCGCUGGGAGAUCCUCCAAGCAACUCAGUCCAACGCGCCUCAGUUUCCAAGGACAAAACUCAAAAUCAGCGGUGGUAAAAGGGAUCGAGCUUGGCAGGUCAGCCCGGCAGCGGCCAAAAAAGUCGGCUCGGAACAACAUUUUCAAUCUGGGAGACUAGUGGAGAUGUACAAUAAGGCCUUGAGAGGGUCCACACACCCCAUUAAUUUUCUCUCAACUUAUUCUUCCCAGAAUCUCAUUUUCAUUUUCAUGUCAUUUCAUUUACCUUUCUUUGCAUGCCAACAUCUGGAGCAAAGUCUCAAAUCGAAGGUUCUGCUUCUGCACUUCAUCAUGUUGAAUUAACAAGUUUUUGAAGGUGCCAAACUUCAACACAUAGAGGACCAACCUGGUUCCACUCUUACAAGUUUCUAGUUUGUGCAUAUGAUGUUUCUCUUUCAAGCAAAAUGCACUAAACAAAUGGAAGCUUUGACUCAAAGGUGUAUAUCUAGAUGGUCUAUUACACCUUAUGCUCGUUACUCCAAUACUUCUCAGAAGAAGUCUAAGCUUGCUCCUUUGCAGGAGAGACAAAUGAUAGACAAGUGUAAGAUAUUUGCAAAAGCAGGUGAUGGAGGUAGUGGUUGCUCCAGCUUGCGCAAGGGAAGACCCGAUGGUGGCAAUGGUGGGAGAGGCGGUGAUGUGAUUCUGGAAUGCUCUCCUAGAGUUUGGGACUUCAGUGGUUUGCAACGUCAUCUGAUAGCCGAGAAAGGAGGACAUGGAUCAUCAAAAAAGUUGAUAGGUAGCAGGGGUGCUGAUAAGGUUGCCCGUGUACCCAUUGGCACUGUACUUCAUCUUGUCAAUGGUGAUAUUCCCUCCGUUGUCAAAACUCAAUCCUGGACUGAUGUAGACCCUUGGGAUAUUCCUGGGGCACUUGUUGAUGAUCUUCCUGACCCUGGCUAUGGUUCUACCUACAGUGACACAAGAGGGGAAGUAAAAGCAACACAUUCAUUUGGCUGCUCCUCAACGCAAGCUGAAGAAACAAAUGCUAAGAAAUCCAGACAUGUUACAUCAACAAAUGCGUUCACUCAACUCUCCACUUCUAAUGGAGCUCUUGAAUUUUGUACAAAGGAUACAGAAGAGAACCAAGAGAUAAUAUACAAUGUUGCCGAGUUAACUGAAGAAGGUCAACAAAUUGUCAUUGCUCGUGGAGGAGAGGGUGGUUUGGGCAAUGUGUCUAGUUCCAAAGAUUCAAGGAAAUCUAUGACUAUGAAGGCAGGAGCUUGUCAACAGAUACCUAAUCUUCGAGAUCCUAACAGUAUCCACUCCUCUCUGCAUGCAGGUUUACCUGGUGUUGAGACCGUUCUUAUAUUAGAACUGAAGAGUAUUGCUGAUGUAAGCUUUGUUGGAAUGCCUAAUGCUGGUAAAAGCACUUUACUUGGGGUUAUAUCAAGGGCUAAGCCUGCUGUUGGUGACUAUGCGUUUACUACUCUUAGGCCAAAUUUGGGGAAUUUAAACUACGAUGAUCUCUCAAUUACCGUGGCUGAUAUUCCUGGGCUUAUAAAAGGUGCACACCAAAAUCGUGGGCUCGGGCAUGCAUUUCUGCGCCACAUAGAGCGCACAAAGGUUCUUGCUUAUGUGUUAGACUUGGCUGCUGCUUUAGAUGGAAGGAAGGGAAUUCCGCCUUGGGAACAACUUAGAGAGUUAAUUCUAGAGUUAGAGUACCAUCAAGAUGGUUUGUCCAAUCGUCCAUCCUUGAUAAUUGCAAAUAAGAUUGACGAGGAGGGUGCAGGUGAAGUAUAUAAGGAGUUAAAGAGAAGGGUACAGGGUGUUCCCAUCUUUCCUGUAUGUGCUAUUUUGGGGGAAGGCAUAGCAGAUCUUAAAGCUGGUCUUAAAAUGCUUGUCAAUGCUGAAACAUCAUAUAAACUUUGCGUAGAUCAAAUUUUGCUCUCCUAGAUAAUCAUUGAGAACUUUUCUUGCUUGUAAAGGAAAGUCUUUCUUUUUUUCUUUU